AUGUCUCUUAGUGCUCCUGGGUCCCAUAUUCGUCUCCAGCUACGGCGAGCUCUCUCAAUUUCCCACGCGAACUUUUCAACAUCAGCCCCUGCCCAAACGAUCCGCGUGCCUCCAGAAUCACCAUCUUACAUCCGCCUUCCUACUCCACCUCAGUCCGAUGAGACCAAACCUCCUCGAGUACGUGGUCAUCUCCCAGUUCCGCGUGAGAUUUUUCCUCGUGUGGAAGGCAGCCGCAAAAUUCAACCUGAAUACAUAAAUAAAACCGCACCACGAUCAACAAAAUCCUCCCGUGAAUCACCGUCGGAGGCACAGGAAUGGAAAACUGCCUUGGCAGAAACUAGACGUACCAAUCUCAAAGAAGGUCUAGAUGCACUCUGGCUUCGCCGUCGGGAAAUGGAUAGAUCUCGCAAUGAACGUGUAAGCCACAAGUUCUAUAAGCAUAACAAGGCUGGUGCGGCUCCGGAAAGAGACGACGACAAGCUCACACGACCUACGGUUUUGACUGCUAUUAUGGAUACAAAGGUGUACCCUGAUCCGGAUCGGUUUGCUCGCGCAGAUAGAAGUCGCACAAAGGUUCUUGCAAAGGAGAAACAGAAGAUGGAAGCUAGGAGGGAUGCGCUGAUGGAGCUUUACACAAGCGCGUCGAAUUUUAUCGUGCAUGAGAAUGAGCUGAAGGCGAAGAUUGACGAAGUUUUCGCCGAAGAUUACUUCCGCAAAAGGAGUGAAGAUGGCCAUCGCCAUGGCACAACAGGGAAUAUGUGGGGAUCGUACGGCAAACCGCCCUCUAUUGCCAACAUGAUGGAGUCGGCUAUUGGAACGUCAACUAGGAUCAUGGAAGCCGAUCAAACCGAAUCUGACCGUUCAGCCAAACGACAAAAGAGAAUAGCAGAGGACUUGACUGGCGGAAAGAUGAUCUAG